GCUGAAAAUGGACGUUCUCCGGGAGCGGGAGGUCAAGGACAGUCUAGAGCGGCAGCUACAAGACGAGCAGAAGGUGCGAGUGGUCUACCAGAAGCGGUUAAAGAAGGAACGGAGAGCGAGGAAACGGCUGCAGGAGCAGCUGGACUUGGAGGUGAAGAGGCGCACACAACUGGAGGAGGCCCUCAAAGCCACGGGCGCGUCCUCGGAGCAAGUCAGAGCGAUUACCGAGAACGUAACGGCGGAGGCGCGCACGAGUUCGGAGCCGCCGGAGGCUAGCCCGGUACAUUCUCAGUCGCAGCAGCAAUCGUCGCAGCAACAACCGCCGCAGCAACCCCUUCAGCAGCAACAGGCAGCGGCCCAGCAGUAUCGGGAGGCGCAAGUGCCGCGCCCUUCCCAGCAACCGUCGACGCCGGAGAAACCCGCAUGGGGAUACGGGCUGGAUCUCAUCGGUAGCCAGGCGUCGGCCUUCUGGCAAAACUACCAAGGUCAGUUCUCCCAACGGCACGCUACUUCACCCUCGUCGUACCCCGUUACGUUCGGUUUCGCCGUCGAUUCACGGUUCCCACGGUGCUCCCACGGUACUGCGCGCGGAAAAAUAAACAGGGAGUACUUAAGCCACUUAUCGUUAACGGAGGAUCGCGAUAGCCGUGUCGUUCCCGCCUCCGCUUCUUCCUUCUUCCCGAUAUCUCGAAACAUCCCGGCCGUGUCCCAAUACGUCGUGUUGCCUUCGCGUCUCACUGUCGAAUUACCUCAGCGAAAUAUUCCAAAAGGAAACGAAAGACCCGCCUGACGGGAGAGAAUCGAAUCGCCCAGGAAAGCUAGUCUGCUAUCUACAUUGUAAAGUUUACGGUAAUUCGAGAAAGUAGCAGUCGCGUGUUAGAGACUUGUGGCCGAGGGAGCACGGGAAGGGGGAAGGACGAUCCGAAGAUCCAGGCCCAGACCCAGCGGCGGGAUCCGCUAAUUCGGAUAAUCGCAUUCCCGUAUUAGGAUCCACUCAAUUUUUCUGAUCUUCCGGCCGAGUGCUUUCGAUCCUCGAUUACCCUGACAAAAAAAGUGCAAGAGAGAGAGAGAGAGAGAGCGAGGGAGAGAGAAGAAAAGAGAGGAGAUUGACCCCGAGGGCGAGAGAGACGGCGGUGCGGACGGUGGUAGUAUGUCGUGGUGGUAUCGUGCAAAGUAAAUUAUUCGAAAGAUCUCGAGCGAGAGCAAUCACGCCGCCGGCAAUAACAACCCCGUGCACGAAGAGGGUAGGAGGAGGAGGAGAGAAAGAGAGAGUGGGAUGGAGAGGGGGGGGGAGGAACCGAGCUGGUCCUGACGAGGAAACACGAGGUAUUUGAAUAGGGUC